ACGGCGCGGAUGCUGCACCGGGAGCCGCGGGGCCGCCGGGGCUGAAGGCUCCCGCUCGCAGCCUCCUCUUCCUCGGGUGGUUUUCCCUCCCUCCUCCUCCUCCCCCCCCUGCAUUUCCUCCUGCACCUUUAAGAAGCCCAUUGCCGCCGGUGGGAUGGUGUGUGCUAAAGCUGCACAGAGGAAGUUACGCAGCCGGGAUCAGGCACGGAGAUAAAAGCUCCGAUUGUGAUUGAAAGUGAGAGCAAAAGGGAUUUCAGCCUCGGCAUUAACUUGCGAGGGGAGCCGGGAUUGCACAAAGCUCCCCCGGCCAUCUGCCCUUGGGGGCCGGCGGCGCAGCGCCUGCCCGCCGCGCUGGGCUGGGCUGGGCUGGGCAGGGCAGGGCAGGGCUGGGCUGGAGGGUGUGUUUUGGGGGUUCCCCCGGCCCCGAAGUUCGCUGCUCCGCCGGGAGCCCCGCGCCGCAGAGCUCCCUCCCGGUCCCUCCUGCUGAUGAGCUCUGCCUUUGCCCUGACCAUGAAAGAGAGAGGAGACCUCAGGUAGCCCCAUGGCUUGCAGCUGAAGGCUUUGGGAACUUGGUGCUCCGUCGCCAGAAGGCAGAGUGGGGCAGGAAUCCUCGCCGCCACCACAGGACGCAGUGGGAGAAGCCAAGGCCAGCCCUGCCCCAGUCACCCCAGUGACCACCCAGCACCUGCUGGGACCACCGUGCAUCUGGGCACCCGAGCUGUUCACGCUGACACGACCAUCCAUCGGGAAAAAGGAAUUUUAGCUCCAAGCAGUCUGUCUUGUCAGAGUUGUACUCAUGACCAGAUGCUCUAUUUAUUUUAUGUGCUAUGUUCAAACACCCCAAUAAUUAAGGCAGACACAGGUUAAGGCACUUUCCACAGCGACGCAUUUGGAGCAGACCAGAAGGUUGAGGAAAACCUGAUCCAGCACCAUCUCACGGCCUCUCCAAUUUACUCCUAUCAAAUUUCAUCAGCAACUCAGAACUUGAUCUUUGUAUUGAUUGACUGGAGUCACCUCUAGAUAUUUUCAUGCUGAUUUGGAAGACCUUUCGUACAAUAAAAGGGGGAAAAAUGAGGUUAAGGAAGAUUUUUGACCACUGAUCAGCAACUCUGGCCAAAACUUUCCCAAUCAAGUGAAUUGCAAAGUUGGCUUCCAAUGCCGAGAGGAACUUUCCACAUCCAGAUACAGCGUGCAGAGUGGGGUCAUCCCUGUUACCGUCUGGAUCUCCUUCGACUGGAGCAUUUUUAGAUGAGGAGUUUCCAUGCUGAUCCCGAGAGCCACCCCUAGCCCAGUAGCUGCCUUCCUCGGGACUCUCGGCACUGCCCUCGCCCAGGGAUCCCGCGCUUGGCCGCAGCUGCCAUGCUCUACCUGGCUGCUCUCCUCGUGCACUGUGUCCCCUUGGCCAUGGGACAGUAUGACAUUUGCAAGUCCUGGGUGACCACGGACGAUGGCCCAUCAUGGGAGUUCUAUGCUUGUCAGCCCAAGGCCAUGCGGAUGAAGGAUUACGUGACCGUGCGGGUGGACCCGGCAGGAAUCACCUGUGGGGACCCUCCAGAGAGGUUCUGCACCCAUGAGAACCCGUACCUGUGCAGCGACGAGUGCGACGCCUCCAACCCCGACCUGGCCCACCCGCCCAAGCUGAUGUUCGACAGCGAGGACGAGGGGCUGGCCACGUACUGGCAGAGCGUGACGUGGCGCCGGUACCCGGAGCCGCUGCUGGCCAACAUCACCCUGUCCUGGAACAAGAGCAUCGAGCUGACCGAUGACAUCGUGAUCACCUUCGAGUACGGGCGCCCCACCAUCAUGAUGCUGGAGAAGUCGCUGGACAACGGGAGGACUUGGCACCCGUACCAGUAUUACGCAGACGACUGCAUGGAGGCCUUCAGCAUGCCAGCACGGAGGGUCCGGGACCUCUCCACCACCAGUGCCAACAGGGUCCUCUGCACGGAGGAGUAUUCCCGCUGGGCGGGCUCCAAAAAAGAGAAGACUGUCCGGUUUGAGGUGCGGGACCGCUUUGCCAUCUUCGCCGGCCCUGACCUCAAGAACAUGGACAACUUGUACACCCGGCUGGAGAGCGCCAAAGGGCUCAAGGACUUCUUCACAGUGACCGACCUGCGCAUGAGGCUGCUGAGACCUGCCCUGGGGGGCACCUACGUGCAGAGGGAGAACCUGUACAAGUACUUCUAUGCCGUCUCCAACAUCGAAGUCACCGGCAGGUGUAAAUGCAACCUCCACGCCAACCUGUGCACCUUCAAAGAGGGCAGCCUCCAGUGCGAGUGUGAGCACAACACCACGGGGCAGGACUGCGGCAAGUGCAAGAAGAACUUUCGCUCCAGGUCCUGGCGAGCAGGGUCCUACCUGCCUCUCCCUAACGGGUCCCCCAAUGCAUGUGCAGCUGCAGGCUCAGCCUCUGGCACGUACGAGCGACCGCAGCGAGCAAACACGGCAAAAACCACCACUGCAAAAACCACCACCGCAAAAACCACCACCGCAAAAACCACCACCACCACCACCUCAACCACCACCACAACCACCACCACUACCAGCAGCACCCCCCUACCAGCCACCACCAGCCAGCCAGCAAGCAUCAUCAGACCAGCCUCUGAGUUUGCCUCCUCUGUGCCCGUGACAGAAACACAGAAAAAAUCAGACUACCCCAGCUUGUCGGCAGCUGCCCCACUGCAGGUGGGCUCUCCCCUGGCCAAGACUGGCCCAGGAGCACAAGCAGCCCUUGGACAGAAGCCAAAGCCACCAGACCCUCCUGAGAACAUGCGAGCGGCUCCGAAGAGCAAAGCAGGGCGCACAGCACACUCUGCAGGCAAGAAGCACGGCAAAAAGACAGCAUCCUCAAAGAGCUCAAAACUCAUCCGGCUCAAACCAAACUCUGGCCCAGUGGCUCCCAUUGAAACGUACAAAGACUGCGAGUGCUACGGCCACUCCAACCGCUGCAGCUACAUCGACUUCCUGAACGUGGUGACCUGCGUGAGCUGCAAGCACAACACGCGGGGCCAGCACUGCCAGCACUGCCGCCUGGGCUUCUACCGCAACAGCUCGGCCGAGCUGGACGAUGAGAAUGUCUGCAUAGAAUGUAACUGCAACCAGAUCGGCUCCAUGCACGACCGCUGCAACGAGACCGGCUACUGUGAGUGCAAGGAAGGUGCCACGGGGCCCAAGUGCGACGACUGCCUGCCCAACUACUACUGGAGACAGGGCUGCUUCCCCAAUGUCUGCGAUGACGAGCUCCUGCUCUGCCAGAACGGUGGCACCUGCUACCAGAACCAGCGCUGCAUCUGCCCCGUGGGCUUCAAGGGGGUCCUGUGCCAGCAGUCCAGGUGUGAAGUGGACAAAAAGGACUGUGACGGUGCUCUCGGUGCUGGCUGCAGCCUGGCCACCGUGGCCCUGGGGGUGCUCGCCCUGCAGCUGCGAGGCUGGGUGGACCUCUGAGGCCGCAGAGGGAGCCCAGCCCGGGCGCGUCACCCGAGGGACCUGGGGACACCGAGGUGACGAGUGGCCGUCCCCACAGCCUCCUCCGCCUUCCUUCACGCUAGGACUUGCACAACGUCUUUCGGUCCACUUUCCAAGCAGAGAGGUACGCAGGGAGCCCGGGGCUGGCUCGUGCCCGCGGAGCCAGCCCGGUGUCCCAGCGCGGAGCCGGGGCCGGGCGGUGACAUGGGGACCGCACAGCCUGUGCCGGGACACGGCCCGUCCGUCCUCCCUGCGCACAGUGACUCUGUCCUGCUCCGCACAGGGCGGCCCGGGGCCGCCGGGGCCCUGGGCAAACAGUGCCCCGAUCCAAGGGAUGUUUUUUUUAUUAUUACUUUAUUUACUUUGGUAUAGGCUGGGGUGUUCUUUUUAUUUUCCCUCCUCUUAGCGUCCUGUUUUGGAAAAGCCUGUCAUGACAACUCCAGAGCCCCACCACACACCAGGCAGGGGAUGGGGAGGGAGGGGAGAGGGGACUCUGGUCCAUCCCUGCUGCAUAGUCCCGCAUCCCACCAUGGGCCUGGCCACGCACAUACUGUUGCCUACGACUGUAGUUGCUGCAUUGAUUUUGUAUUUUCAUGGCUGGGUUUUGUUUUCUUGCACUUACGGAGAACACAGGGGCCAUGAGGCACUUGGAACGUGAGGAGUGCAGUGUCUUAUCCACACAUGUCCGUAUGGUGUACGGGUCAAAUACUUCUUUUGGUAGAGACUUAUUUUUGUUUGGAUUAAAUGUUAUAACAGAACCACGACCUAAAGGGACAUUUUGCCAUGAGCAUUUGAUUCUGGUGUAUUCUCCUCCAGUAAAGCAACUAUUAAUGGCUGCUUGAUCACCACGUUUUCCUUUCUGUGUGCACAGUUAAUUACAGGUAAAGACUUAUUUUUUGAUUCAUAA